UUUUCAACAUUUUAAUUACAGCUGUGCUUAAUUUUCUGGUGCUUGUUUGACUUUAAAUAUCAUGUUUUGGUUGAAUCUAUCCGUGGAUAUUUUUCUGUGCUCCGUUUGGCAAUUUAUAACACUUAUGUUGCUAAGUGACAGAUUGACAAUUUGGAUAAUGAAAGGCACUGUUUGAUUGCUUUGUCCUGACAGCCUGACAGGGGUGCAUUAUUCUAACACAUCAAACCAAAUACGAUUCUUAUUUAUUGUGUGCUUUAAAAAAUAAAAUGCUGCUAUUUCACGUUUUAAUUCAUGCAUGCUGUUAUUCGUAUCGAAUCAGUUUUAAAAUAUAUAUUUUAUUGACGUUUUAAUUUAAGUAAAUCUGAUCAUCGCUCACAUCUGUUGUUCUCGUUCUUCUGGUAAUAUUUAAAAAAAUCUGAGUCAAUAUUUAAUUUGGAUUUUGUGUGUUUAAAAGAAUUUCAAUUGUUUUUACUCAAAUAGAAUUUUUUGGAAAUAUCAUAAUUAUACUGUAAUUAUUAUAGUAAUUGCUGAGGACUUUGAAGUUGGUGCUCGUGCAUUUUGCCUCCGAUUGUUGUGAUUUAUCAGAGAAAACAAUGAACUGCUAAGGUCAUAGGUUGUUUCAUUUCCUUGUUUUGUAAAACUUUUUGUCCGUCAUUCUUUUUCUUUUCUUUUUUUCCCCUCGCACACUUUUCGGUCUCGUGCGAACAUCUUAGACCGUCGAAUAAAAAAAAAGAGGGUUUUUAAAAGUUUUUUUUAUCCUCCCUGUGCUCUCUUGUGUUGUGGCGUUGAUGCCAUUGUGGCCGGAUGAUUGGGAGCUGUCCAUCACUUGCUGGCAAACUGGCAGUUUACUUAAGAAAGUGCACGUGGGACAAAAGGAGAUGGCAGGAGUGUGGCGGGGCGGCUGAAUGGAGGGAGGGCAGGCAAUUAGCCACCGCCUUGUCGGAGCUCUUUUACUUGUCAAGCUGGAGCCCCGGCGCUAUUGUUCAAGUUGUGUAAAGGACAUUCCCAGGGCUUUGUUUUGGCUUUAAGGGCCUCAGGACUGCCUGCUGCAGGCCAGGGGAAGAGCAGGGUCCUAACAGCAGCAGAGAGGCUGAGCGAGUGCAGGAGGAAAAGAAAGCGAGAGCGUAUUUUGAGGAAAACAAAGUCUCUGUUGUAUUAAGAAAAAAAAACUUUGCAGUUGUUUCUGUUGCCAGCUUUUAAAAUGCUGUAAUGAGAAACAUUUGUGUUUUCAUUUCUCUGACCUCACUUCCAAAAAAGAAAUUAUUGCUUGUUUCUACAUACAAAUUUUCUCACUGUAGUUAAACUUUAUUUUUAAUUUUUUUUUAUUGAUAUUCUUAUUUAGGUCAUGUUAAAAAAAAUUGAAUAAAUGUGACAUUUAUUCUAUAAAUAUUUAAUUUGUCAUGGUUCUUAUUCAGGUCCAGGUGUUUAGAUAAUUAAAAUAAGGCAAUCCUAAUUAUUAUUAUAGAACGCAAAAUUUAAAAUCUCUUUAAAAAGUGUGACAGCUUGACUUAUUACUUUAAAUAAUUAAUUUGUUGCACUGAAAAAGAAAUUUUCCUCAACAUGUAGCAUUUCUUUUGUUUCUUCUCAGUUUACUAAACUAAACUGUACUAAACUUUUUCUAUUUCCUCUUCUCUUAUUUUUAGUCAUGUUAGAAUGAACAAAAUAUUUUUGGAUAUUUAUUUAUUUAUUAUUUUAUUGCUACACCCAAAACUAAAUAAAUAAAGCGAACAAACAGCAUUGCAAAAUUCUGGAACGUUUUUAUUUUCUUUUUUUAAAUAAUAAAUGAAAAGUCUCGUUUGAAGGAUUUCCCUUUUAAAUACAUCUCGUCUAUUUCUGCAGUGGAUGGCACAUCUUUUGAAUUGCUCGGGGGGGAAAAAAAAAAUCUUGACCACACAAAGCUUAUUGUUUGGUUUCAGUAUUCAGAAGAAUAAUGGUCUUGAAGGUGAAAUAGUUGCAGAGAAAAAGGAGAACAGGGAAGAGAGGGCAGUGAGGAGGGGCUCGAGGCCUUGUUCACAUGAACCUUGAAUUGAGUUGGAAGGAGGGAGGAGGGGGGUUAAAAGAAGAAUUGUUCUCCACUCUAAGGUAUUGUUUAGAGGGAAAAAAGUAGAGCGGGGUAGAGGACAGGAACCAAAAAAAAAGAGAAAGAUUGCAACGAAAGGUGCCACGUCUGUGUCAGAGUGAAGACUUUCUCUCCCUCUCCUUGGUUUCUCCCCUGGAAAGUGGGCAUGAAGAGGGGACUGUCAGCAUCACACAGAUAAAGUGACUGUUGGCCACACUUUGCUGAGCCUGCCCUCCCUUUGUGGAUGUUGUUGUGUCUUGUUCCUUUUUUUUUUCUCCACUUUCUAUCUCUCUCUCUCUCCUGCUCUCUCUCUCCUCUUUGUCUCCAUCUCUCGCUUUACUCGCUUUACCUUGUAGCCAAAGCUUUUCAAGCUGCCAGUUCGUCUCUGGGCAUCCUGGAGGCACAGCAGAGCCCACACACAUACACACACAUACUCUUAAGAAACACAUACACAGACCCAACGUACAGCAGGGAUUUGGGUAAUAACUGAUUUUGUGUGUAUAUGUAUGUGUGUGUGUGUGUUUGUGAGUAUUUUUUUCUGGAGUAUAGCUAGUGGGAAGACUACUGCGGUGCUGAACAACUGCUCAGAGUAAUUUUUCCUUCUCUCUGUCCACAUUCUGGCUUUCACUUCUUAUACUUCUUGUCACCGGCAUCAAAACUUUCUCUGACAAAGAAGAGGAGACUGGUGGCCGCAAAGAGCAAGUGCUUCUGUGGUUAGAGUGAAGGAUUUUGGGGGAUUUUCUUUCCUCUUUUUUUUCCUCCUUUUUUUUUGAGCAGGCAGAUGUGGGUGGGUGGGUGGAGAGGAUUUGGUGACUGUGUGUUUAUGGGGGGGGGAAACUAGGCCUCAGACCCUGAGCCUGCUCUAGACACGUCAGGAGACACGCACUCUAAUGUCAAAAACCUGAGGGAACAAUGGUCAGCUGGCUGCGGCACCAAACGCAAAGCGAGGGGGGACGACAAACACAUAUGCACGCUCGCGCCACACAUGCCCGGCAAUACACUCGCACACAGUGGAGGAAGGAGUCAAGACAGGAACAGACAAAGGAGGAAGAGAAGAAGUGAAGGAGAGGAGCGGCCAAGGAAAGUGAGAGGGCUUUUCCCCGACGUAGACGGGGAAGGAGGAGCUGGGGGGGGGCCAGGUGGAAGAAGAAGGAGGAGGAGGAGGAGGAGAAGGCGGGGGUGGGGGUGGAACCGAGGGGGUCAUGUACCCGCGGGAUGGAGCUCCAGCCGGGCCGGAGGAGACGGGAGCCAAGGCAGGAGUCCUAGGCCCCGGGCUCUCUCUCCUCCAGCAGGUGGGCUGCUGGCACCUCAAUCUGAGCAGCUGGUCUAAUAAGGUUCCAGUGGUACAGCACCCCCACCAUGUGCACCCUCUCACGCCUCUGAUCACCUACAGCAAUGAACACUUCACACCGGGGAACCCCCCACCUCACCUACAGACAGACGUGGAUCCCAAAACAGGAAUUCCAAGGCCUCCACAUCCUCCAGAUAUAUCUCCUUAUUACCCACUGUCACCUGGCACUGUCGGCCAGAUCCCCCAUCCGCUGGGAUGGUUAGUACCACAGCAAGGUCAACCUGUUUAUCCAAUCACAACAGGGGGUUUUAGACACCCCUACCCAACUGCGCUCACUGUCAACGCAUCCAUGUCAAGGUUCCCCCCACACAUGGUGCCCCCUCACCACAGUUUGCACACCACGGGCAUCCCUCACCCAGCCAUCGUAACACCCAACGUCAAGCAGGAAUCCUCGCACAGUGACAUCAGCUCUCUCGACAGCUCGAAACAGUCAGACGGUAAAAAGGUAGAAGAGAAAAAGAAAGAGGUCCACAUAAAGAAACCUCUGAAUGCCUUCAUGCUCUAUAUGAAGGAGAUGCGGGCCAAAGUGGUGGCUGAGUGCACACUCAAGGAAAGUGCUGCCAUCAACCAGAUCCUGGGGCGAAGGUGGCACGCCCUAUCGCGGGAGGAGCAGGCCAAGUACUACGAGCUGGCCAGGAAAGAACGACAGCUCCACAUGCAGCUGUACCCAGGCUGGUCAGCACGAGACAACUAUGGGAAAAGGAAGAAGAGAAAAAGGGAAAAGCAGCAAGCAGAGAGCAAUGAACGCAGAGAAUAUUUUCCAAACCCUUGCCUUUCACUCCCUCCGAUUACAGACCUGAGCGCUCCUAAGAAGUGUCGAGCGCGCUUUGGGCUCGACCAACAGAAUAACUGGUGUGGCCCGUGCAGGAGAAAAAAAAAGUGCAUUCGCUACAUCCAAGGUGAAGGCAGCUGUGCCAGUCCUCCCUCUACGGACGGAAGCUUACUAGACUCCCCCCCAUCCUCCCCCUCCUCAGUGGUUCCUUCCCCCUCCUCAAAAGAGUCCAAAUCUCAGACUGAACAAAUGCAACCUCUCUCACUGACUAUGAAACCGGCCCACCAGCCACUCCACCACCCGCACCUCCUGGCUGGGCCUCCACCGCCAUCUUUGGUUCAGCUGGAAAACUCUGCCGCAGCAGCUAGCAAAACGCCCGCCGCCUCCUCCCACAACGGAGCUCUGGAGCACCGUGACGUCUCGUCCUCGCGGCAGCCGGGCUCCUCUGUGGCGUCCUCGAUGGCCCGGCCCUCGGCAUCGCUGUGUCAUUCCCACUCGCUCCUCCCCUCCACAGCCCCACAGCCUCUGUCGCUAGUGACCAAGUCUAUAGAAUAGUCUAUCCUAUUCUCCUCCUCCGUUUGUUUUUUUAGCUCUGCACACACACACUCACACAAACAUCUUUCUAGGCCCUCUCUCUGCUCCGUUUCACUCGCCCUCGGUUCUUUUCUCUUUCUGUUUCUGUGCCAUAAGGCUUUGGAAUUUUAGGUUAUGUUUUUAUUAAAGUUCAUUGGUCAAUAUUUGACCCGUCAUUAUCAGACAAAUCUAAUUAUUAUAAAGAAAUGAUACAAUGAGCUGUAGUAUAGCUUUGUGAAUCUGCCAAAAUUUUUAUGAAUUUUGUUUUUGUCUUUUUUGUAGUUUUAAAACAGCGCAAAACAGAAAUUAUCUAGUUCAGCAUCCAAAUGUUUAAAAAGACGGAUAUAAAAAAGGUAGGCUAGAUUAUUCAACGAGCCCUUUUCUUGAAAGAGUUGGUUCUCCUUCUUUAUUUGUAUUAAAUACGAGCUUGCGAACCAAUCAUUCGACAUCUGUUCAAAACUCUUGGAGGGCAUGAGGCUAGCGGUGACACCUCUCUGAGGAACAACUUUAAUUGUGAUGUUACUUGUUCUUGUUUAAAUGUACAGAAUAACGGGGCGGGAGGGGAUUACUGUGUUAAAUAUGCAUUCUUCCACUGCGUUGUCUUUUUUUUCUUUGUUGUUUACCUUUGGGGUGGAGUCAGGCAAGUUUGGGUGGGCUUGAGGGGAGGUCGGGUGGGAGGGUUGUGGGUUAUUAAAUUCAAAAUGUCACAACGCUAGGACCAGUAGUAUUUAUUGCUUUAGAGAUUGCUUGUUGUAUCUUGUAUGUGUCUCUUUUUUUUUUCUUUCUGAAUACAUUGUACAAAUAUUUUUUCUUAAGGUAAGCAACUAUACGAACGAUCCAUUUUUACAAGGAGGUUUUAAAAAGGCAAAUCUUUUUGUUAUCUUUCCUCUCCGAAAAACCUGGAUUCCGCUCAGUGUACUGUGUAGAUCUCAUGAACAGAUGUAUGCACAACUUCAUUUCAAGAAAUGCGUCUAUAAGCCAUUUUACAGGAAAAAAAAGAAGAAAAGAAAACUUGAAACACGAGACAGUGGGUACCGCGUGUUCAGUAGUUGGAAAAGUGUCAGAUGCCCUUCUUUUUUAUUGCACAGUCACAUCUCUCGGACUGUAGAUUCGUGUACAGAUUUUCCGUGCCAAAAUUUUGUGAUAAUUUUUCCUCUGCCCCCGCCCCCCACCCCAACCAUGCUGUAGGGAUCUCUUUUUGUUUUGUUUUGUUUUGUUGUUGUUUGUUUGUUUUGUUUUUUUCAUUUCGAUACCAUUUUUUGCUGUGACGUUACAUAGAUUGCUAUGUAUGUAGUAUAAAUGUUGCUAUAACAAAUGUGUUUGGUAGCAAAUUGUCAAAUAUUAAAAUUUAAACUUAAUAAAAAGACGGACAUCAUACUGUAUAAACCCACCAGGGCCAAAUUAUGUAUAUUAGGAAGUUCAUAAAAAAACUAUUAAAUACAAAAAAAUACACAAACUGCCACUUUUAAGUACACUACUACAUAUAGGUAGAUAGAAAAAAUAGGCAUGUUGAUGUUGCAAGAGGCUGUAAAAAAAGCUACAAGAGAAUCAUCCACUCGGUGCCAUUGUAGUUGACAUGACGCGACUGUAAUCUGUCGAUUUCUUCUCUGGUUUAUUAAGAUGCUAAUGAUAAAUAGUUUGAAUGUUUCCUUAACGGCUGUGAUGUUCCUGUUCUAUUUUAUGCUCUUAUAUUUUUUUGUUUGUUUUUUCCUGUUAUUUUAAAUGGUUCUAAAACCAUGUUUUUUGUAAUGAAUAAAUGUUUAUGCUGUACAGUCUCUGUAGCAUGCAGUUCUGUAUUAAUAAAAGCAACUUAGUAUGUG